AUGAGAUAUGAAUUUUACAGGGUGUGGGCGAAGCUGGAAUCCUUUAUCGUCAAAGAAGGCGUAUUGGGCCAGCACGACUGGGACUAUCUCCAGGAACUACUCCGGAGGACCCCAAGACUUCAGACCCUAGACGUCGAUUUCUCUUGGUCUAAGAAAUCUUGCUUCUUUUUGGAGCCAGCAUCCUUUAAAAGCGACAGGUUCCACCUAAAAUCGCUCUACCUCAGCCAGAUGACUGCGGCCAAUUCGCACGAUAUCAUAGAGGUUUUGGAACCACAUCGUCAGAGUCUUCAGAACAUCACAAUUAGGGGACUGUCGUUACAAGCUGACGGAUACAGGAAUUUUAUCAAGGCUCUAAGCCGCGGAUUCCCUGCUCUCAAGGAGGUCAGCUUCAAGCGCAUCCAUAAUGGCGGUCACUUUGGGAUAGCAGCACCGGGAAAUCCUCUCAUGGAUUUAUCAGACGGGCUAUCCUUUAAAAUUGAAGAGUGCCAGGGAUGCAUGCACAUUGCAGGCGUCAGUUACUCUGGACCCAACAUGAAGGCUGCACUUGAGAUGAUCGCAGCCAAUAUCGAGUUCCCUAACCUCUAA